AUGACAUCAUAUAUUUCUGGAGUGUUGGUAUUCAAAGCAAGUAAUGGGGAUACGGGAUUGCUAUGGUUUCCUUCGGAUUGUCGUCAGAAACAUUGUCAAACUGGUUUAGCGCUUUUUCAACUAGGGCAGUGGUUAGUUUUUGACAGAAUUAAUGAUAUCAUUGUUCGACCACUGGACGGUAUGCCGCCUUAUGAAACUCGCCUCUAUCGGACUGAAUCAUCACAACGGGACGCGUUUGUCGAGAUCAGUGUUCCUCUCGUCUUCUUUUCGGACAAGGUCUUCAACCAGAUUGUCGCAUAUGCCCCUGGAUUUGGGCGUGUUGGGUCGUUCUUUAGGCAAGAUGCUAAUUUGAAAAUGGACUGUCUCUAUCACGCAUGGAUUGCAUUUUUUGGUCUCUAUCGUGAUCCAAAUUUAUUGACACUAAUGAACACUUUCGAUGUCCAAUGGUUGCUCACUUAUCUGGCUGAGCCAUUUAGCACCAAUGAGAUGAUAUCUGCUUCGGAAUCAGGCAUUAAAUUAAGCCUUGUUAAUGGAAUUGUCAUCAAUAUUGUUGAUGGUUUCGAUGAUUCUGGUGGUUCCGAUAGUGGCAACGAUAAUCAAGAAAAUGGCGACGAAGUACCACAACAUCACACUUUCAAGAUUGUCACGUUUUGGACACCUUGGCUGCACUCGAUUUGUAAAUACAAAUAUGACGAGACUGCUCAUCCGAAGUUGGAUUUCCGCGUUGGACAAUGGUUUAAAUUCAUGCCAGCUGCUAACUGGUCGACCACUGGUGUUGCAGUCAGUCCAUUUCCAGUACAGGCGCCAAAGGCAAUGAGUGUUAUCGCGAGGAAUCCUUUAAAGUUACGAAUUUCACACGCUCUUUACAAUCUGGAUCAGGACCCAGCUGCUUUUAUCGUUCGCGUGCCGGAUUGGCUUGGUGUUCUUCAAUCCGGGAGAGAGUUUAUUACUUCACUGCGCCGUGCUCGACAAUCGCGUCCAAAUUUUGCUCCUCGACUUAUUGUAGAACUUAAUGAUGUUUAUAAUUGGGUGCUCCGGGACUUUGAUGGACGCACUGGAUCACCGAUCCGUGUGGCACCAGCACAGGAAGUGAUGGAUCAUGAGCCAGGCGAUGUAGAUGAGGAAGGCGUCGAAGUAAAGGAGAGUGACAUAGAGGUUCCGAGACCAACUGCACCAAUUUUGACAGGCGGGUUUGGACAUUCGAAUCGUUCUACAAAUAUUCCUUUUGUUUCGUCAACACCAAAACUUUCAACUACUAAUAAUAAUACGAACGAUUUUGGGGACUUGUUGGAUGACGGGAAGAAAGUACAUCCAACUGAUGGGGGAUUUGGACGUUCCCGACACAAAGCCCGUCCAUUGGGUCAGGUUUCACGUCCCGUGGUUAACAAUGAACAUUCAGCGGACAAUGAACGUUCACAAUCGAAUAUAAGUGAGGAAGCUAAAGAGAAUGAUAUGACACAUGAUGUGGCCCAACCACCAACCUCCGUUAAUGCUACUAGGGGAUCUUUUGGUGGUAGCCGACGUGGUGCGAAGCCUCGACCGCAGUUUUCACGCGCUUCACCCAACCCACCUUCGAGACCUCAUUCUCGACAGGAAGGCAAGACAACUCAACAACGAUCUUCACCCAUCUCAUCACGCCAUAAUGGCACAUUCCUGGAUCAAUGCAACAAGCGUUCUGGCGGAAUCGAGAAGAAGAACUUGAGCGGUGUCGUCGUCGCAAAAGCAACCAGCAAUAAUCGUAGCAAAAAUGGAAUAAUAAUUUAUUCGCCCGUUUUUCCGGAAGGUGAGAUUUCUGUCCCUGUGUCUUUGUGUGGCGAUUUGAGUGUUGGAAGUUGGGUCAAGUUCAAUGCAACUAUUAUGGGUGAAAAGAUCACCACUACGGAUUUUGAAGUAGAGAAAACACCACCUUUUGAGACUAAAGCAUGUGGAAAUACUGUUAAGAUCAAGCUCAAUGCAUAUGUUCCGAAGAGAUGGUACCCGCGUAUGUCAACGUUCGUUCCAAUAGUUGAGACUGAUUUUGUUAAGGUUGUCGAUAGCAAAGGCCUAUUUGAUGAGACGUGUGCUAACCAGCAGUUGACAGUUUGGAUUGAGAGGAUGCUCGAAGGAAACUCGCAAUACAAUAUUGUUUGGCAUGUUGACCAGAUCGAUGAGUAAAAUUUGAUGAUGGAUAUCAGUAU